CGCGAGUGAUAUCGCGCGCGCGGUCGUUACGUAGUGCUCGAGGCUCGGUCGUUACCUGCGAUUCUUCCACACCUGGCCGGACCGGAGCGGUCGCGCCCAGGGCGAAACACCGAGGACCGGACGGCAGUCGGAGAGCACACGGGCAGAAGAAGAUAUGCCUGGCGGUCACGGAAGUCAUCGGGACUGCUCGUGGACGACGCCGAAGCGAGGAUUAUGAGGACGUCCCACGUAUUGAGAGCGAAACACUGCGCCGUACGAGAAGACUGCAGCGAGCGGUGAUCAGGACGAGGAGCCCGGAGGACUCCGGUCCGCGGGAAGAGAAUACCGGAUACUUUGGCAAUAAGGCGGUGCGUCGAGGCGCGGGUAUCAUGUAUCGGCCGAACUUCUACGAGAGCACGUGUCUGAGAUGCGCUCAGACCGUCUAUCAGGUCGACAGGGUGGGUCCCUUGAAGGACUUCACGUUUUUCCACGCGGGUUGCUUCAAGUGCGCGAUCUGCGGUACCAAGCUCACCCUGAAGACCUACUACAACAAUCAGCACACGAUCAACGACAAGGAGGUGUACUGCAGCAGUCACGUGCCCAAGCCCGGACCCGGGACUCUAGAUGGGUCCAGCGUGGGCAUCAGGAGCGCCCUUAACGUGCCUAGAAGCGGCUACGUUAACGAGCAGAUCAGAGCGGGAGGCGCGUCGCCGCGCGGCGUCUAUCCACCUUGUUACGAUAAUGUAGACUCGCCUAAUUAUGCCAGGCACCUGAACGGGCACGGCUCGCCGCCGGCGGCUAACUCGUCCCAGCGCGAUGGCAUCCACGGCGGCGGCGGCGGCGGCACCGGCACCGGCGGCGCCUCCUCGCCGUACAAUCACAAUUAUUCGGGGGACGGCAGCUAUCAGUACGGCAGGUUUGAUGCGAGCGCCCUGCACAUCGCCCAUGCGCUCAAGCAGACCGAGCUACAGAAGGGCUACAGCAAGGCCCGCGAGAAACCCAUCGAUUAUUAUCUGGAUCGCGAUGAACAGACGCGUCUCGAGAUGAAGCACCGGAAAGAAGAAGAUGAUUUAUAUCGGAAGUUUGCGCAUCAUCGCGAGGAAGAGGACCGGCGAAUCCGCGAGGAAUUCCGAGACGAGUGGGAGAAGGAGCUGGAGCAAUUGUCGGCGAGAUGGGAACGGGAAAAAGGCGGAAGAGUUCGAACCCAACAAUUUCAGCAGGAGAAGGAAGACUUGGAGAAGAACAUGACUCUACGCAGGGACAAGAAGAAGGAAAGUCUCACGCGCAAAAUGCUGGAGCACGAACGGGCGGCAACCGCCGCGCUGGUGGAGAAACAGAGCUCGGAGAUGCUGGAGCUGAUCAAUGAGGCGAGAAGCGAGUACAUGCUACAGGAGAGUUUAUACCUUGACGAAGGAGACGGUUAUAUCCAGGAAGCGCCGCCCCCGCCUUAUCCAUCGCGCGCGCCACCCCCGCAGCCGCCAGCCCUCGCCAAGUACCAUAUCUACAAUGAUCCCCUGGAGUUCGCCGACAUGGAUCAGAUAGCUAUUUCGGUAGCCCAAGAAGAUCAAAAAACGUUCACCGACUUGGUGCGACAGUUGGUGAGCAGAUGCGGAUCGGAUAUUGAAAAGGCGAGAACAAUAUUCCGAUGGAUCACCGUGAAGAAUCUGAACACUAUGCAGUUUGAUGAAAACUUACGGGGUGACACUCCCAUGGGUCUACUGAGGGGCAUCAAACACGGCACGGAAAGUUACCACGUUCUAUUCAAACGAUUGUGCAGUUAUGCGGGCUUGCACUGCGUGGUCAUCAAGGGUUACAGCAAGUCGGCGGGCUACCAGCCGGGCGUUUGCUUCGAGGACAACCGAUUCCGGAACAGCUGGAACGCCGUGUACGUGGCAGGUGCGUGGCGGUUUGUCCAGUGUAAUUGGGGGGCACGACACCUCGUCAAUGCCAAAGAGGUUCCCCGUCCCGGUCAACCGAAAGCUAAGAACGACAGCCUCAGGUACGAAUACGACGAUCAUUACUUCCUGACGGACCCCCGGGAAUUCAUAUACGAAUUCUUCCCUCUUCAAGAGGAUUGGCAGUUGCUUAAACAGCCGAUUUCACUUAAGGACUUUGAGGAAUUGCCUUUCGUACGGUCUCUAUUCUUCAGGUACGGCCUUUACUUUCCGGAUACGAAUACGAAUGCCGUUAUGUAUACGGAUUCCACCGGUGCUGCGACCGUGAGGAUAGCGAUGCCGGCGCAUAUGCAAUCAUCCCUUAUCUUUCAUUACAAUCUCAAGUUUUACGACAACGACGGCGAUGGCUACGACGGUGUGUCGCUCAAGCGUUUUGUCAUGCAGUCGGUUGUAGGGAACAUAGUUGCAUUCCGAGUUCACGCCCCGUGCUCCGGAGCCUUUCUCUUGGACAUAUUCGCCAAUGCGGUAACGCCGAAGGAAUAUUUGACCGGCGAACCGAUGAAGUUCAAGAGCGUCUGCAAAUUCAAAAUCGCCUGUGAAGAACUGCAGACGGUGAUGGUACCAUUGCCGGAUUGCGCCAGUGGCGAAUGGGGCCCCACCAAAGCUACUAGACUAUUUGGUCUCAUACCCAUCACUCAUCAAGAAGCCCUAGUGUUCGCCGGCCGCGAGCUGGAGAUUCAAUUCCGCAUGUCGAGGCCGUUGACGGACUUCAUGGCGACCCUGCAUAAGAACGGCAUCGAGGAGAAGCGCCUGUCCAAGUACGUGACGCAUUCCAUCGCCGACGACGACGUGGUCACUUUCUCUAUAAGUUUUCCCGAGGAAGGCCAGUACGGUCUGGACGUCUACACCAGGGAAUCCACCGCCUCGCCCGUCGCUCAGCACGACGUCACCGGCGAGAAGCAUCUGCUCACGCACUGCUGCAAGUAUCUCAUCAACUCCAGCAAACGGAAUUGAGAGUGUAAAAUCGCGGGGCGCGCUCUUGAAACAUAGUCUCGGCUUCGUUCGAAAAUUUCUACUUUAGUUACGGACGACGAUUGAUAGCGACGAUUGGGAUUCCAGUGCUCGUUAGGACGAACGAUAACAAAUGCACUUCUUCCAUAGUGCUUUCGGAAAAUUAUAAAAAUAGAGAAUAAGGAAAUAUUUUGCAGGAAUAAUGUAUAUGUACUGUCGCGACAAAACGACUGUUUUAUGAUCUGAAAAUCUCGCUCGUCAUGUCGAGCUCAUCCUAUCCUUAGGAGGCAGAGAGUUUAUAACGUAAUCGUCCUGGAUCGGCCAUUAAUGAUGAAUUAACGACGCUUUUAUCGUGAAUACCGAAAUCGAGAAAGAGGAGAGAAAAGAGGCCGAUCGAGUGACGACGGUGACGAAGAGGCAAUGGUGAAAGCAAUGACGUUUUACGUCAUUCUUCAAGAACUAUUUUUUAUGCAAUUCCGCUACCUCGAGUCUAACAGUAGGCUUACGACUUGGAGAUAAUUAUUAAUGUAAAACUAACUGUGUGGAAGUUUAAUUUGACGCGGGAGAGGCAUUUUUCAAAGGGCUUUUCAACAGCAAAAGAUACCUUCGUAUAUACAAGCGGACGGGUUUAACGCGAUUUCCUGAACACCCGGUAUAUCUGGAACGCGCUUACGGUCGUUCUUUCUCGUAUCAUCUACCGAGUUAGUACUUCCGUAUAAUAAUAAUCCUCUUCCCCUCCCCGCGAUCAUGCUUCUCUUACGCAACGUAUCAAAUAAAUUAUUGCGAUCUGCGAUUCCGUCGUAACAAUCUCAUCUCGAAGCUUUACUUUCACCGACAGAUUUAUAUAUUUAUCGCUAAUACUACAUUAUUUUCAGUACUAGUUAUUAUAGACGGCCUCGAUCGCGGAUCCAUAUUGAGCGUGUGACGCGCAUAGACCGAAUAAAGCAAAUAUAAUAUAUUUUAUGUACGAAAGAUGCUUCUGUAUAUAUAAUGUACGUAUAAGAUAAUUACGACUUGAAAAUAUCGUUAUCCACAAAGCACACUGACUCGUAUCUGAAAAAGUACUCACCCAAUUUAGCCCACUCUUCUUUCUUCAAAUAUGUUGUUUUCUCAUACGAAUUGUAUUAUCUAUUAUAUUUGUGUGUGUGUCCUCUUUUAAAAUUGAUACAUUUUCAAGUCGCAAUUUUCGAAAUGCACAGGUGCUAUACUUUAUAUUAUCCUUUAUAAUUAUUCGCACAAUCGAGUAGCAGUCAUACAAUUAUUUAGUGGUAGGAUAGUAUAUUUGCACCAUCGACUAUGCGAGCAAAAACGUCGUUUAUAACAAAUAAAAAGAAGAACAGUAUAUAUUUGUUAAUCGUGUAAUAUUAAUCUGUCUUGUUGUCAAUUAAAAUUUUAACCACGAAUAAAACUCCCACAUUGUAGCCUAAUGUAAUAGAUGUAAUUCGAACUUACGAAGUCUAUUUUGUUAUCCAUUAACAUCCAUAAGUAUGUAAAUUAAUUUUUUAUAUACUUGUAGUUACUUUCAAUAAAA